UGCUCUGGACUUGAGCUUGGUGGGGAGGAGGCGGAGUGAGUGUGGUCUGGGGAGACUCACAUCUGCUUUGAACAGUUCCAGGACCUGCUGCUCUCAGGCCACCCUUCAGGGAGAGCAGAGCGAGGCCCUGGAGGGGCUGUCCCGCUUCCUGUGAGGCCAUCCAUCCGGGACAUGUGACCAGCAACACGGGGCCUGGGCUGGGUCACACCCUGUGCAUCUGUCCGUCCAUCACACUCUGAGGACUUUAUAAGCUGUCUGCACGGCUGAGGACCAUGGGAGGCAGCGCUGGGACCCUGACCCCCACUGCCCUUCUCUACCUUGGGCUGUGUCAGGGCCUGUGGGACCAGGCACGGACAGGGACCCUCCCCAAACCCUCCAUCUGGGCUGAUCCUGGCCCCAUGGUCACCAAGGGGAGCCCUGUGACCAUCUGGUGUCAGGCGUCUCUGCAGGCUGAUGUCUACUAUCUGUAUAAAGAGAGUGUCCAUGGAUCCUGGCCCAUGAAGACCUCACAGGAUUCCAGCAACAGGGCCAGUGUCUCCUUUGCAUCCAUGAGCUCACACAAUUCAGGGAAAUACCAGUGUGCAUAUCAGAGAGGGAAGAGCUGGUCACAGGGGAGUGACCUCCUGACCCUGGUGGUGACAGGAGUGUAUGAUGCACCCUCCUUCUCAGCCAACCCAACCCUUGUGGUGGCCUCGGGAGGGAAUGUGUCCCUCUCCUGUAGCUCACCGUGGCCACGGGGGUCAUUCCAUCUGCUGAAGGAGGGGGGAGCUGAUGUGCCCCAAUACCUGGAGUUGACGUUCCGUCGGAAGCGGUACCAGGCAGUCUUCCUUGUGGGCCCUGUGAACACCUCCCAUGGGGGGACCUACAGAUGCUACAUUUCUCCCGAAUCGUACCCAUAUUUGUGGUCACAGCCCAGUAACCCUCUGCACCUUCAGGUCACAGGUGUCUACAGGGAGCCCUCCCUCUCGGCCCAGCCGGGCCCCCUGGUGCAGUCUGGAGACAGCCUGAGCCUCCUGUGUCGCUCAGAGACUGGCUUUGACAGAUUCGCUCUGACCAAGGAUGAGGAGCUCAGAGCUCCCCAGUGUCUAGACGGGCAACCCAGCCCCAACUUCACCCUGGGCCCUGUGAGCCGCUCCCACGGGGGCCGAUACAGAUGCUACUGUGGACACAAGCUCUCCUCCACGUGGUCGGCACCCAGUGCCCCUCUGGACGUCCUGAUCACAGGAAUGUAUGAGAAACCGACCCUCUCAGCCCAGCCAGGGCCUUCAGUGUCCUGGGGAGAGAACGUGACUCUGCAGUGUCGCUCUGAGGUCUUGUUUGAUAGCUUCCACCUGUCCAAGGAGGGGUCCCUGGCUCCUCCCCAGGUCCUUCAUCUGCAGGACACAGUGAUACCUAACCAGGUCAAGUUCACCCUGAGUCCUGUGACCUCAGACCACGAGGGGACCUACAGGUGCUACAGCUCACACAGCAACUCUCCCUACCUGUUGUCACAGCCCAGUGACCCCCUGGAGCUCCUGGUCUCAGGUCCCCACUGGUACCUGUACGUCCUCAUCGGGGUCUCGGUGGCCGUCGUCCUGCUGCUCGGCCUCCUCGGCCUCCUCCUGGUCCGACAGCGGCGUCGGGGCAAAGGCAGGAAGCCAGGGGCUGCAGACCCAGAGCCCAAGGACAGAGGCCUGCAGGACAGCUCCAGCUCAGCUGCUGCUGCCCAAGAGGAGAGCCUCUCUGCCCUGUCUGAGAAACCUCAGGGGACCUUGCCUGAGGUACCCCCAUUCGCCCCAGCAGAUGCUGCCGUGCAAGACACUCAGCCUGAGGAGGGGGUGGAGCUGGACCAUCGGCAGAACACACGGGAUGAAGACCCCCAGGGAUUGACAUGUGCCCAGGCUGCGACAUCUCAUGCCCCUUCAGAUGUGACCUACGCCCAGCUGAACCGCUUGACCCUCCGACGAGAGACAAGUGCAUCCCCUCCCUCCCAACCAGGGGAGCCCCCAGCAGAGCCCAAUGUGUAUGCUGCUCUGGCCCUCCGCUAGCCCAGGAAGGACCCAGACCCCACACUCCAGGGAAGCGACCGCAGAGACCCUGGAAGGCACAGGAGCUGCCCACACUGGGCGCCACCUAAUGCCAGCCAACCUGGACUCCUCACGCAGACCAGUAGGAACUCCCGGGACCCUCUGGGAAUCACCUGAUUCUUCCAUCAAAGAUAGUACUAUCUCUAUACCUUGGAAAUCAAAGCAACGGACUUCUCAAUAAUUCAGGAAUGAAAUGAGAAAACCAAAAUGGAAAUGAGAGAAUGUUUACACUGAAGGACAAUGUAAAUGUUACACAUCAAACCUAUGAAAUGGGAAAAUUAAGAACCAAGUCAAUGAUCCAAGCCAUCAUACCAUGAAUUUAAAAAAAGAAUAGCAAAUUAUUCCAAAUGAAGGUAGAAGGAGGGAAAUACAGUGAUAAGAGAAGCUACUAAUGAGGUCAAACAAAAAAUAAAGAAGAAUCUAAAGCCCAAAAUGUUUAUUUUUGUAAAUAUUAAUCACAUGUAUAAAUCCUAGCCACGAUGGCCAAGGGACAGAGAGAGAGAGAGAGAGAGAGAGAGAAGGCCCACAUCCCAUCACAUCACCAUUCAGGACAGCAUCACAGCCUACAGACUUUAAAUCAAUAACAGAGUUUAUUAUGUUCAUUUUUAUUAGUUAUUAUUAUAUUAUGAACAAUUUUAUGCCAAAAUAUUAGAAAAUGUAGAUAAAACAAGACAAAAUCCUCAAAAAUACAGGUUACCAAAAUGACAGACAUAGGGAUAAAUAGAAAAUCUGAAUUGCUGUGUGUGUAAUAUAUGGUGAAUAUGCAUUAAAGUUUUUCCCACAGAGUGAACUGAA